UCCGGGCGCCUGAAUCUCGCUGCCUGCCCGGCGUUCAGCAAGGGAAAGGAGAGGCUGCGAAAGGGCCGCGGGAGCCACUCCGUUCCCCAACUCUGGGUCCUGGCAGGCGCCGCGAAUCGCCAAAGAGGCCACGGAAUCCCUGCGGGAAUCCCGCUCGGCCUCCGAAGGGCCGCCUGUGCUCAGAGACCGUCCCCCGCUCCCGGCAGGGGCAGGCAGGGGGAGCCGGGCGCAGGGAAGCGGCCGCCCCAUCAGGGCUCCGGGCGCCUCCGGGGGGAGUUUCGGCCCGGCGGAUCGUCUGCUGCGCACCCGCGGCCGGUAGGGACGGACUCAGGCGCUCACUGCGCUUGCGCCCCAGAGGGCGCCGCGAAGCACUCUGGGAGCUGUGGUCCAGGCUUACUGGCGGCUUUCCGGGUGACGUCACUUCUGCGGGAAUGGCGGCGGCCGAGGAAGCGGCGGAGGCGCGCAGGAUGGAGCUGGAGGCGGAGGCGAACUGCUGGGCCGUCCUCUUCUACGCCCACCAAGCUUUGCGGGCCUUCCGGGCCGGAAACAGCCAGGACUUUCGGCAGCUGCGCGACGUCCUCACCGGUACGGCAGUCGCGGGGGCGGGGGCCGCUCCCGCACAGACACCCGAGCGGGCUCCGGGGCCUUCCUGCGCAUGCGUGUCGGGACGCUUCACCGCCUCUGCUUGUUCCCCAGCCGUCCUGGCGCGGCCGGUGGCCCUGGAGGAGCCGGUGCGGGUGCAGCUGCGGAUUAUCCAGAUCCUGUCCAGGCUGGAGGAAGAUUGGGCUAUUGACUCAGAAACUGAGCUCACGCCUCUUGAAAACGUGCUUGUCCUUCUGAAGAAGCUUGGAGAGGAAUGCCACAUCAGUGUAGAAAUAACAGAGGAAUUAAAGAGAAGAAUAAAGGAGGCUGCUGUUAUCACCUGUAUUAAGAACAAAGAAUAUGAACAUGCCAGCAAAAUCUUAAGGGAACACAUGUCACAGGACCCAAACUGCAAGCAAAUUCGGGCUAUUUUGCAUCACAUCAUCCAAGAGAAAAACUCUUCUCAUCCAGCCAUCUGUCAGUUCUCCUACAAAGCUUUCCAGCAGCAGAUUCUUCUCUUCUUUGAACCUCACUUGGAUGAUUCUGAGCCAUUUCUCUUAGCGAUGGCAAAAAAGCAUUGCAAUGAACGUCUGGAGUCCAAGAAGAGCCCAGCAGGAGCAGCUGGCAAGGAGAAAGUGGCUGUUUCAGGGGCUGCAGAAGAGGCCCCCGAGACCUGUGGGAUAGCAAGUGGAGAGAGAGCAGGACAACUCGGCAAUGCCCCAGAGGAAGGAGGAAGGCCGGAGUCUGGAGCAGGAACCAGAGAAACAGCAGCAAAAUCUUUGCCAGCACCGGAUGAACAUGAUGUUUUGGACUGCGUGGAGGCAGCCGUUGAGCCCACCAAAGCAUCCCCACAGGUGGAUGGAGCGACAGGGACAGCAGAGCCUGCUGCCAUGGCCCCCGUGUCUGCGGCUUCCGAUGACUCCGCUCAGGCCUCAAGCCUGAAGCCGGCUUUCUACGUGCUUUCUGUGUUGAGAGAAGCCUUCAAGAGACUUUCUAAUGCCCCAGACCCCGAGGAGGCGUUCUUGCAACUGGACAAGACUGAUUGGACUUAUUCCAGCCCACUCUUGCCUUCCGACUCCCCCAGAGCCAAGCGCCAGAAGACGGGAAACAUCGCUGUCCAGGCUGUCCUUGGCCUGGAGAAGAUCAGAUACCAUCCCUCGAUAAGCAACAUGCUGCUGUGGAAAGAGGAGAAACAUUGCAGGGAUUCUCCUGCCAGGAAGUUGAUUGCAAAGCCACUUGUGACUUUGCAAGUCCAGUCAUCCGAGUGUGAAGAGAUCCCCCCAAGUACGCUGUACCCAGGUUCCAGGGCGGCCAAGCAAGUGGCUCUUCCUGUUCUGCAAGAAGAGAAGGAAUCCUGGAGCGAUGAGGACGAGAUCUUCAUGGACCAUAAAUCAGAGUGGUCAGUUGGCACCGACACGUCUGGGGCUAGGAAGAAGUGGUCUUUAGAGGAGUCUGCAUGGAUCAAGGAAGGUGUGGAGAAGUUUGGGGAGGGGAGUUGGAAAACUAUUUCUCAAAAUUAUCCUUUUAAGGAUCGCACCCCAGUGAUGAUCAAGGACCGCUGGAGAACAAUGAAGAAACUGGGACUAAACUGAAUGUGAGGGCACAAUGUGCCUUGAACGUAUUGAGUUGGCUGUUGCUGUACCUUGAAUACAUUAUGUAAAUUAAAGAAUAAAACGUUUUUAUUGAGUAA